AUGAGUAAACAUUCCUUUCUUACCCUUCUUUUCUUUUCCCUUUAUUUCAUUAUUUCUUUUUCUCAUGCACUAAACAAUAGUUUUAGUGUUGAGCUUAUCCACCGUGACUCUCCAAAAUCACCUCUAUACCAACCAACACAAAACAAAUACCAACAUCUUGUCAAUUCUGCACGUCGUUCCAUCAAUCGUGCCAAUCAUUUCUAUAAAAAUUCCCUCACUAAUACACCUCAAUCAGAUGUAAUCCAUGAAAGCGGUGAGUAUUUGAUGACUUAUUCAGUUGGUACUCCACCGUUCAAUAUAUAUGGUAUUAUUGAUACAGGUAGUGACAUUGUUUGGCUUCAAUGCGAGCCUUGUGAACAAUGUUACAAUCAAACCACUCCUAUAUUUAAUCCUUCAAAAUCGUCAAGUUACAAAAAUAUUCCUUGCUCUUCUGACUUAUGCCAAUCUGUGAGAAGCAGCUCUUGUAAAGACCAAAAUAUUUGUGAAUAUACUAUUAAAUAUGGUGAUCAUUCUCAUUCACAAGGAGAUCUUAGUAUUGAGACUCUUACAUUGGAUUCCACCACUGGUCAUUCUGUUGCAUUUCCCAAAACUACUAUAGGAUGUGGACACAGUAAUACAGGGACGUUUCACGGAGCAGCCUCUGGUAUAGUUGGUCUAGGACUUGGACCAGCGUCUCUUACAACACAACUGAAGUCUUCAAUUGGUGGUAAAUUCUCUUAUUGUUUGCUGCCAUAUUCAGAUGAGUCAAACAGGACGAGCAAACUCAAUUUUGGAGAAGCCGCUGUUGUUUCUGGUAAUGGUGUUUCGUCGACUCCUUUAGUAAAAAAGGACCCUCCAAUUUUUUACUAUUUGACAUUGGAAGCAUUUAGUGUGGAAAACGAUAGAGUAUUAUUUUCAGAGGGUAGUGGUGAUGAGGGUAACAUCAUAAUUGAUUCAGGUACAACAUUGACGCUUUUACCCGAUUAUGUUUAUACAAAUUUGGAAUCAGCUGUGGUAGAAAAAGUGAAACUAGACCGUGUUGAUGAUCCUAAUCAAAUAUUCAGCCUUUGUUAUAGCAUCACAUCAGAUGAUUAUGAUUUUCCUCUAAUCACAGCACAUUUUAAAGGCGCAGAUGUGCAGUUGCAUUCUACUAGUACCUUUGUUAAAGUAGCUGAUGGCAUUGUUUGCUUUGCUUUUCAGUCAUCUGAAAUUGGUCCAAUCUUUGGGAACUUAGCUCAACAGAAUUUGUUGGUUGGUUAUGAUAUUCAACAAAAUAUCGUGUCGUUUAAGGCUACAGAUUGUACCAAGCUGUAA